UAUUUAAUGUGAAAUGUGAUUAUGGAAAUAAUUUCACUUUUGAUAAAAUUAUUUUAAUUGUGCGUCAAGUACUGUACCUGUGCUCAUAUGGUAUGUAAUUCGGCAGAAUUUUUUUAAUUGUACGUGUGACCCCUAGCAUCCGUGAGUAAGCCUAAAGCAUCUUUACACCUGUGUCGAUAUCGUGGAGUUUGUACUGUAUUGUAGGUCGAUCACAUACCUUUUCCUUUACCAUGAACUACAAAACGGUAAAAGUUGAUGUAACAACAAAGUUAAAGCGAGCUGAACUCGUAAUAACCAGAUGCUAUUUUUAGUGUAGAUGAUCGGCUUUCAUGAUUUUGAGUAUUGUAAUGCAAGUCAUGAAGAUGUAUCUUUUAUAUAUUAUCAUUUAUAUGAAAAAGGACGGUAUAAGGCGUUUAGUGUAUGUCAAUUGUCUGUUUGUAAAAUAAUGCUUAACUGAUAAAAAGUUUAAGUUAGGAUAUCAAAGAAGAACAUGAUUAGAAAAUGAUAUAAAUUUUCAGGUUAACGGUUUAACUUUUUAACAUCAACUUUUGAGUUCAUUAAUUUUGCUUUAAAGCCCCAUAAACCCUAAGAAAUAUAUAUAAAUGUUUAUAUUUUGUCUUCUUUACAGUUUUCAGUCUUAAUUUAUGCCUAAAAAAAUAUCCAGAAUCCAAAUUUGGAAGAAAGUAUAUGUGAAAUUCCCAAAAAUAAUAACUGGGUCCGACGGACCAAGUUUCUAUGCAAAUUUGUCUCACAAUGCAACGGGCGGGCUAUCAGCUAAAUGUUGGAACGCCGAAAUUGGCCUCUGACUGGGUCGUUGUACACGAAUGUAGUACACAUUGAAAUUUUAGGACUGUUACUAAAUAUUUUUCAUGACCUAUCUGUUGCAGAUAUGUGCUGAAUUCUAACACAGAUUUGUAGUGCAAUAUCCAUUUUAGUGGUAGAAUUUUGUUUUGACACCAUUUCCAUGUUUGUUUGUGUGGCAGGACACAGGGAGUUAUAAGGCGCGAACAAAAUGCAUGCAACUGAUUUUCUUUAAAAGGUUAAUUUUUAAAGACACUUUUAUACAAAUAUCCUGAAUGAUACCCCGUUGUGAUUCUUGGAUCUUUAUAACUCCGUCCAGAUGUCUAUUGGGAGAAUCCUUCUCUUCAUUUGUGCCUGUGGCAUGGUGUUGGUCCUCCAGGGCAUACUCAGCAUUCUCUACGAAGACAGGAAUAAGGCGGCCUUGGAAACUAACAACCCAGACCUUUUUGUCGACGUGGAGGAACAUGGCUCGUCUAACUGUGUGUGUAAAGAAACCAAGUCUUCGAAAACCUUGGAUAAUACUUUCGUUGAUCCAGUGCAAUCCCAACGUAGGAAAACAAUGUUGACGGAAUGUCGAUCACUACCUGGGAAAAACUAUACUGGAACUUUGUCUGAAAUGCAAAUGAGAAAACACAUGAUUUAUGACGACAAAGUAAACCUUCUCUUUUGUGAUCUUCCGAAAGUUGGAUCAACUUUUCUGAAACAAGUUCUCCAUAUUUUGUAUGGCCAUAGACAUGAGAAUGACCCGUUUAGUAUAAAAGGUAAUGACGCUCACACCAUACCUUUUAAAACAUUCCAGAAAAUACCGUACGAUCAGGCACUGGUGAUAUUAAUGCGCUCAACAAAGUUCAUGUUUGUCCGACAUCCUUACACUCGAAUGCUUUCAGGAUAUGUUGAUAAAAUCUUCACCAAUAAUUACAUUUUCUGGGAAAAGACCGGUAAAAUCAUAUUGAAGCAUCACCGUCCAAAUGCUUCAACAAAAUCCAAAGAAUGUGGCCAUGACAGUACUUUCCCCGAGUUUAUCAAACACGUGAUCUCAUCGGAAACAUCCGGAAAUUUCAGGGAUCCCCAUUGGUAUCCUAUGUAUGAUGCAUGUCGUCCUUGUAACAUUCAAUAUGAUGUCAUUGGGAAAAUAGAGUCUUUCAAAGAGGAUCUUGAGAAAUUUCUUAAAAGUCAACACCUUGAUGAAAUCGUUGACAUUUCGAAAAUGAAUAAAGGAAAUGAAAACGAGGCUAUUUCUCUGACGGUUGACAGGGCAUAUGAUGUUGUGUUACAGAGACCGAAGUGUAUAUCUCUGCCGCAGGCGUUAGAACGUGCCUGGAAGGUUCUACAAAUAAGAGGGGUGUUGAGUCAGUUGGCCGAUUUUCCUUACGAUAUGAUGAAAAAAAAUCCAAAUAUAAAAAAAUCCAGUUUUCUAGACGUCAUUGUUAAGGAGAUCGAACGGUUUCCUUUGACGAAAUCAGACAAAGAAUUAUCACGAAAACAAGCUAUUGUUAAAGCAUUUGAAUCUGUGCCGUCCAGAGAUUUAGAAAGGUUUAAUUCGAUAUUUCAUCCUGAUUUCUCUAUAUUUGGAUACAAGAAAAUCACAGGAACGAAACAUAACAAAUUUUCAAACUGGGAGCCAUUUAAGUUAAAACUAUGAAUCAAUAUUUACAUAUACCAUGCAAUUACUGAUAGUACAUUGAUCGUCUGGUUCCAAAAGGAAAAAAAAUAUCCAUCGUAUCAAUUAACUAUACAGAAUCUUUACCCUAUUUGCCCUUUGUUACAAAUUCACCAAACUGGAAUAGCAUUUUUUAUGGUAUUACCUUGCUUAUGAACCUUAAUGAUUCAAUGACGCCGUGCUGCAACAAUGUUUUUCUGAUGCAGAUUUAUAUGAAAGAUUUUCAAACAAAGAUAUAAUGUCAUUUUAUAAAGUAUAAAUAUUUUAUGUUUAUUUGUUUCGUGGCAUUUUGCUUAUGAGCCCCAAGCCAUGUUUAUGUUCUAAUUUCAAUCUUGACUUCCUAAGAACUACACAACAUCACUGAUAAAGGGUGUGGAGAUGUGUGAGGUGAGGGCGUUACUCUCAGUUGGUAUGAGCCAGAGAUAUACGAUUUGUGUAAAUUUAAUUACCAUAACUUUUCUUUCAGCAAUCUGAAAUUAAAAAAAAAAUGUUCGUAUACUUUUUUGAUAUGCAGUCAUGUAUGUAAAUGACACGUUUGUUCGUACCGAACCAAUUAUAUAUAUCAUCAACACAUCCUAAACAACGGAAGAAGAACUUUUAAGUUGCAUAUUUAAAUCAGGAGAUCUGCUUUUUUAUAAAACAUUAUUCCGGGAAAAGAGAGUUGAAUGAGCUGACAAUAUUGCUAUGGAAUGUUUAAAAGAAAAACGAGCAUAAGGGGAAAUCUGUUUUGCAUUUAAAUAUUAAAAGUGAACUAAGAUGAAAUGUUUAUGCUUAGUUUCAUUAGUACACAGGGACUGACACAAACAAUAAAAUCCAGCUAAACUGAAAUUUCAACUUUCAAAAUGGCCGCCAUGUUCCCAGAUAACCAUAAAUAUUAAAUAUUCUUGCAACUGCUAAAAUAAUUUUCUGACAAGAACGCUACAUGAUAGAUUGUAUGUUAGGCUACACAUUAAACCCCUAAUCUGGAAUCUAAUAUGGCUUCCUCGUCCUAGAAUCUGAUUGGCCAUGUCAGUGUUGGUCUACAUACCCAUGGUUCUCUGUCCAGUAGGACACUAGUAAUAAUAAACCUUUAUAAGAUAAAUGGUGUCGGAGCUGUCAUGCUGGAUCCAAAUAACACUGUUGAUUUGACAUCACACAAUGUUCCUUGAGUAACGACAGAUCCAGAUCUCGUAGUCACUAUCAUCACUGAGGUGCUCACCGAAGCAACCAGCUGCCAGUGAUAUUUGGUAGGUGCCACAUGAUAUUGUCCUAAGGUAUUCCAUGUCUAACUUUGGAAAGUCACAAUUAUCCGCAGUCGAACAUUGUUUGAUAAAUAGUUACUUUGCCCUUAAGGUGUUGUGUACACUGAGGCGCUUUCAUUUUGUCAGCCAGCAUUCUAUCAUUUUCAUCUCGCUCUGGUAUUUUUUACAUAUAUGGAUCAACGGAUUCCAAUGAGACAAACUGUUGAUGUAUGUAAAUGCCACGUUUGUUCGUACCGAACCAAUUAUAUAAUUAUAUCAUCAACACAUCCUAAACAACGGAAGAAGAACUUUUAUGUUGCAUAUUUAAAUCCGGAGAUCUGGUUUUUUAUAAAACAUUAUUCCGGGGAAAGAGAGUUGCAUGAGUUGACAAUAUUGCUAUGGAAUGUUUAAAAGAAAAACGAGCAUAAGGGGAAAAUCUGUUGAAAAACAACCGUUGCUUGAAUCGUAUGCGAUAUGACUCAAUCAUUCAUCUGGAUGUAGUUAUGGAUCUAUCAAUAUUACCUGUAGGACGUCAUGUUGAAUCUGUCCAGGUUUUAGUCAAGACGGCAUCUUUGUUGUCAAAGCUUGUGAUUCUAAAUCUAGCAAAACAUCCCUAAACCCUCGAUCAACAACGACAUUGUCAUCUUUCUCCAGCCAUGAGAUACCAUCUAUGAUGACUUUUGUAAUCUUCGCAUCAAUAUCGCUUCCGAAAAAAUCCUGCUGUUUCAAGAGAAUGUAACCAUUAGGCAGGGUUAUGCUUAUAUUAUAUGAAUUUCAAAUAGUUCCGCUUCUUCUGGCCACAGUAGAAGGUUCUCUUGAACUUUGUGAUCAGAAUUCAGGAAGAAAGAUAUAUGUACCGUCAAGUAUGACAGUCGCCCGCUAUUCAAGUCUAUGGAGCAAUGGUAAAAUAGUUAUGUCUAACUAUGGAAUGAAAUGUUUUAGAUAUAAUGGAAAUCGACAUGUUUGAAAGAGUUGUACACUGAGAACCUAGGAAUAAAGAAGGACCUCUACAUUAACAGCAAAUGCGGCAUCUCCAAAAUAUCAUUGAUGUUUCCUUUGAUCUGGAAGGAAGUCGGGAAGUAAACAGUUUUCAUUCAUCAAUUCGAAUUUCAAUGUUAGAGUUAAGAUAUUUCCAUAUGAGUUGAGGUAAACAAAUACGUUAGGACCAAGGGCACCGCAGUUGGUGACGAAAGAUGAGUUAGUGUUUUGUGCGCUUUGGCAAAUGAUUGAGUUUUGAUUGAAAAUAUAUUCAUACAUAGUGUGUAUUUGGCGCGUGAAUAAUGGCCAUAACAUAUACCUCCUAUUUCCGUCAUAUAUCUUCAUGUUGUGGCUUUCAUUUGUGAUAAUCUUUUAAUCAAUUUUCACACAUGUCUAUCUUUUGAUCAUCAGUUAAGUUAUUGCCAUCCGCUAUUAAAACAUCAAACAACCAAUUGUGCUCGAGAAGUCAGAUUUCUCAGUUUUAACGUCUCUCCUAAAAGCAACUUCACAAUGCGCACCUACACACUUAUCUCUCAUUGCAUUAGGUAUAAAAUUAAUGCCAACAUUAGACAUAUAAGCGUGUUAAGAAGAAUGUUUUCGAGAAAAUGGUUAAACUGCGGAGUUUGGCGCUAUUUUGAAAAAUCUGCAUAUUUUCCCUCAAACUCUGGCGGUUUAACUAUUCAGUUCUUCAAAGUAUCGAAUAAAAGCAUGUUUGACGAUUGAAAUUCCACCCUCUUGGCUAUUAUUGUUUCGUAUUAUGCACAGUCGCCAUUUGCAUUUCGAGGUUAAUCGAUGAUUAUACAAAUGCUCGCAUUACCUACAUGGUUGUUUUGUGCAAUAUGUCUGAUCAAAAUUAGCUUUCUUUGUUCUCCUGAAACUUUUAUUUUACUCAUUUUGCCGAAAUCAAAAGCAAGACCCAUGGAUAGCAAGGAUACAUAUUAACAAUUGAUUAAGUUACUUCUGUUCCAUGGCACCUGAGUAGUGAUUUAUAGAUAUCAUUGGGCUCGGUUUGCGGGAUCGAGUUGUCUGCCCUUAGAACGGGCUCGGGUAAACAAGUCGAGUCCAAUGAUCGUCGCCGCAAAAAAGGUAACGAUUUGACAUGAAAUCACCUAAAAAUUAUAUUGAUUUUUUUGUUUUUUAAACCAUAUUGGUUUGCGUGUUGUAUGUGUAAAAAAAAAAAA